CGGACAUGGGACCCGACAAGGACCCAUUCAAGACCCCAUCACUCGAGACCCCAGCCCAAAUCCGACCUCAACGCCCGUCCCUCGCGACGCUCCAAAAACUGUGGCCUCACAGCCGCCUCCACUCUUCGAAUUCAACCCACAAAAUGAGGAAAUCUCCUCAAACGAGGAGCGCAAGAUCGAGUAUGCUGACACCAAAUUCGUUCACCCGCCUAUACAGUCACAGACGUAGCCAACGCCGGAGCCGAGGUGGGAAGUCUGCCAGCUCGAGGGGCCAGUCGAAGUCGUCGGUCAAUACGCUCUCGACUGCGAGGUGGUCGAAACGAAGUGAUCCGUUUGAUCUGGAUCGUGGAAGCUGGAGAGGUGGGAGAGGGAGUGUGGGCUUCGGAGCUGCGGUGAGGGAGGCCGCAAGAGGGGAGCGUAACGAUGCGAGAAGUGAGACUUUCGGGGCUGGUACGAAACAAGGCCUCUAUGAGGGAACUUGAGCAUUUCUCGGUUGAUUCGAGCGCGGAGUCAUGGAUGGUGCCUUUCGGAGUCUUG